AUGGAGGUCCAGGGUUCCCAUCUGAAAGAAAACUCCCAGCCUGAAACUCUCGUCUGUCCACCGACUUCAGAGACGCUCUUCGCCACGGCGGCUGAGUACCUGGCUGUUUUCAAAACUCUCGACCCGAGUUCUAUCACACAUGUCCAAACACAGGACUAUACGCACGAAUUUGCACCGCAGUCUGCCAAUCUUCCAGGCCCCUUUUCUCUUGACGAAUUCGCCCAGUUUCUCUCAAGCAUUCGUAAAGUUAUUAAUAGUUUCAAUAUGAAUGCCCGCGACACCUGGGUCAAUCCAAGCCUGAGGCAGGUAGUCAUUCGGGCGUGCAGUGCACCAACGUUCUGGGACGAGGUCAAGGCUGGAGGAAGCAAAAUUGAUUGGAGUUUUGAGGGCGAGUAUAUCUUCAUUCUACACUUGGAUGAUAAGGGGAGGAAAGUGAGAAAGGUCUUGGAGUUUGUGGAUAGCAAGGGAACAGAGAGAUUGAUGGCGCUUAUUGCGCAGGCGAUGUCGAUUACGGGUUAG